AUGCAUCUCGCUCUUUCUCUUCUCGCCCUCUCGGCGACUUCAACACUGGCUGCGCCGGUGCAUACUCUUCCUGAAAAUCAAAAUUCUGCCUCCCCGGCUCGUGUCAGCAAACUCCUGACUCCCAUCUCCCACCCCACCAAGGAGGAACCUCGCGUGAAGGCCCGUACCUUUGGCCUCCUGUCUGGUCUGCUCUCCCACGGUUUUGGCGGAUCAUCUGAAUGCGAAGCCUGCGAAGGUGAAGCCGGUGGCUCCGCUAGCGCCAGCGGUGGAUUGGGUGGCCUUUUGGGUGGUGGACUGGGGGGUCAUCUCGGGGGUGGACUGGGUGGUCACCUUGGUGGUGGACUCGGCGGCAGCGCUGGUUCCGGCGACGACUGUGAUGAAAAUGGUGAAGGAGGAGUGAGUGUUGGUGGUUCUGCAGGCGGCUCGGCCGGUGGUUCUGCUGGUGGUUCCGCUGGAGGUUCCGCUGGAGGUUCAGCAGGGGGUUCCGCUGGUGGCUGCGCCGAAGGCUCUGCUUGUGGACCAGCUGGCGGCUCCGCUGGUGGUGAUAGCGGUGCCUCUGCUACAGGAUCUGGCUCGGCCGGUGGUUCCGCUGGAGGUUCAGCAGGGGGCUCCGCUGGUGGCUGCGAAGAAGGCUCUUCCUGUGGACCUGCUGGUGGCUCCCCGACUGGUUCUCCCGGAGGUUCUGCUACCGGCUCUGCUGGAGGCUCCGCGGGUGGCUCGGCAGGUGGCUCGGCAGGUGGUUCCGCUUCUGGCACUGCUGGAGGCUCCGCGGGUGGCUCGGCAGGUGGUGACACUGGCGCUUCUGCUACUGGUUCUGGUUCUACUGGAGGUUCCGCCACAGGCUCUGCUGGCGGCUCUGGCACUAGCUCCGGCUCCGGCUCGACCGAGGGUUCUGGCUCUAGCUCUGGCUCUGGUUCUGCUGGCGGAUCCGCCGGUGGAAGUGCAGGCGGCUCUGGCUCUAGCUCCGGCUCCGGCUCGACCGAAGGUUCUGGCUCUGGCUCUGGUUCUGGUUCUGCUGGCGGCUCUGCCGGUGGAAACGCAGGCGGCUCUGGCUCUGGCUCCAGCUCUGGCGGUAUCAGCAUCGGCGGCACCGCGACUAGCAGCGGCGGCGCCUCUGCCUCUGCCUCCGCCUCCGCCUCCGCCAGUGCCGGUGCUAGCGCCUCGGCUGGCGCCUCUGCGACUGGUGGGUCGGGCUCUGACAACGGCGACGACUAUGGUGACUCCGGCUGCGACGAGUGCGGUGAUGACGCUGGCUCAGGCGAUGACUCGUCCGCGGGCGGUGAUGACUCCGAGGACUGCGAUGAGUGA